AUGGAGAUCUUUUACCACUGUCCCUCGUCAAACGUCUGCAGACCGCUCCACAAUGCCAGCGUGUCCCCGAACUCCACCGGGGGUAACACCACGGCCGCCGCCGCCAGCCUCUACACCGAAGCCGACCUCUUGGACAUCCUCGGCCCCAAACGUUCUCCCUUCUUUCUCCCGGUGGCUGGCGUGUACCUGCUCAUCUUCCUGGUGGGCUUGAGCGGGAACCUUCUGACGUGCGCCGUGGUGGCCAAACACAAGAAGAUGCGCAACCCCACCAACCUGUACCUGGUCAGCUUGGCCGUGUCCGACCUUCUCAUGCUGGCCUUCGGAAUUCCCAUGGAGAUCUACGAUCUGUGGCAGAACUACCCUUUUCCCUUUGGUGCCGGCGGCUGCUACUUCAAGACGUUCAUCUUUGAGACCGUCUGCUUCGCGUCCAUCCUCAACGUCACGGCAUUGAGCGUGGAGCGCUACAUCGCCGUAGUGCACCCUCUCAAGACCCGUUACAUAACCACCAAGAGGCACACCAAGCGGGUCAUCGGUGCCGUGUGGGCAGUGUCCAUGGUGUGCGCCCUACCCAAUAUGUCCUUGCACGGUAUCUUCUACCUCCAGGGCCGCAUGAGGGAGUCGGCCAUUUGCACCGUGCUCCAGCCGGUGUGGAUGUACCACAUGCUCAUGCAGAUCACCACCGUCUGCUUCUUCUUCGUCCCCAUGAUGGUGAUCAGCGUGCUCUACCUGGUGAUGGGCCUGCAUCUGGGCAGGGAGAGGAGGCAGAGGCGGGUCACCUUCGGGACGAACUGGGGCAGCGACACUCGUGUGAGCGUCCACGAUGAGGGCGGGCGACGGACGCAAGUCAUCAAGAUGCUCUCCAUCGUGGUGGCGGUGUUCGGCGUGUGCUGGGCGCCCUUCCACAUGGAGCGCCUGCUGUGGAGCUCCGUGCGCCAGUGGACCGACCUCAUGCAUAACAUCUACCAGUACGUCCACAUCCUGUCGGGGGUCCUCUUCUACCUCAGUUCUGCCGUCAACCCAGUCAUCUACAGCCUGAUUUCCACGCGAUUCCGCGAGUGCUUCAGUGACCUCGUGUGCUCGCAGGUCGACGAAGCGGACUCUCCGCCGCCCCCGAAGAUUUCGCUGGUCCUCUCCGCCUCCAGGGUCCAGACGGGAGGUCAGGACUCGUUGAUCCGCUUACUGUCUCCACCGACGACACAGGACGUGGACGCCGCGUUACUCUCAAGUGCUUGCGACGACACGGCUUCCAAGACUUCGGUGUUCUGA